GUGCUCCACAGGUACAUGGGCAUCGGCCUCUCAGCUCAGGGUGUGAACAUGAACAGACUCCCUGGUUGGGACAAGCACUCAUACGGUUACCACGGAGACGACGGCCACUCCUUCUGCUCGUCUGGCACCGGGCAACCCUACGGACCCACGUUUACGACGGGCGACGUGAUUGGCUGCUGUGUUAACCUCAUCAACAACACCUGCUUCUACACAAAGAACGGCCACAGCCUAGGUAAGAGUCUGUGUGUGUGUUAACCCUGUGAAGUGUGU